GCUGACUGUAGGUUAUACGAUUUUUAUAAUUAGACGAGUUUAUAGACGGCAGUCUGUUGCGGGCAGUCGCUGCACGGGCGUGGCGCGACCGGUCACGUACGACGCUAAAUCUAUUUUGAAAUUCGAACGCAGUGCGCGCGCGCGUUCCUCCGCUUUGUUUACUAACAUUCAGUGUUAAAAAACCUUGUGAUAUUUUAACGCCAAAAUAAAAAGAGCGCAAAGAAGCCAAAAAUGUCGGUGAUUCUUGACGCGAUCGACCUGGAAAGGGAAUACUCCCCCAGCCGGUGGUCGACCAGAUUUCCAACGGCCUUGGAAGUACUUCAGAACCACGUGAAACAUGUCACAACAGCAAGCGAAGAAGCUACAAAUAACAUUCCACACAAACUGGAGAUUGAAUAUGGAUCGACGCCUGGACAGAAACUUGACAUACUCGGAACUGAUUUACCAAACGAUGCACCGAUUCUCGUCUACAUUCACGGCGGCUACUGGCAGGAGUUAUCAAGAGAGAUAUCCCGCUACCCUGCUAGUCCUCUCCACAAGUGCAGAGUGAAGACCAUCGUCAUUGGCUACGAUCUAUGCCCCACAGCAACCCUCGCAGAAAUCGUCAGCCAAACGGCUAAGGCUGCCAAAUUCGUCUUCGAGUACGCCGAAAAAAUGGGGUCAAAGGGAGUAUACUUCGCGGGGCAUUCAGCCGGUGCUCAUCUGGUAGCAAAAUUACUUUCCAACGCAGACUUCUUUGAAAACACUCCAGGCGCCACUCGUCUCCAGGGAGCGUUCCUCGUCUCAGGGAUUUACGACCUUAGAGAGCUCGUCCAUACAUCAGUGAACGACGCUGUCCAACUACCAAACGAGUGGGCCAUUCCCUUGUCACCACAAUUCGAUGACUAUACACACCUGCAAGGGAGGAGGAUACGCUUGUACAUCCUGGCGGGUCAGCAUGACAGCCCUACCUUCAAGAAACAAUCUAGAGAGUUCUACGAGAUCCUACACAACACGUGUCUAAUGCAAAAUAUGUACCUUGAAAUCAAAGAUGGCAUGGACCACUUCGAUAUCGUCGAAUGUUUCUCAAAUAACGACAAUUAUUUAAAGAAUUUGUUGGUACAUGAUAUUCGUAAGCAUUUGAAUUAGUUUUUAACAAAGAAAACAAUGAAAAAGUUUUCUUGUUGUUAUAGUCUGAAGGUGUAGUUUUGAUCAAUUGUUGCCUGGUUAUCUACCUACUUUGAAAAUAAGGGCAUGCAUCGAAUUCAAGUUCUAU